AUGACGCUGUCGUAUUCUGCAAACAGUAUCCGGAACCAGCUAGGCGAUUUAUCAUUGGACUCGCCGCCUGAAGAACGGUUAUCGCCGGAGCACAAGUCUUUGUUGCUGAAAUCGUUGGCCCAAGACGAACGAGGGGGUUCUACGGCAAGAGUAACCUCUCCACCACAAGGAGUCCAACUAGAUGUACAAGAUACGGGACUCACAGAUGAGCAUCCCGAGCCUGAGCUUCUUGCAACCUCAGUUGGUAAAGAUAUCGACGGGCGGCUCAUUCCCAGUUCGUCUACCAUUUCAUUGCUUUCACUCAAUACCAACGGCAACUUUGGCUCUGCCGCCACACAAUAUUCAGGCUUCCCACACAUUCUUGAUAGAAAGAACUCACAUUCGGGUCUUGGGCUGCGAAACUCCUUGACCCGUUUGAACCAUCAAAGGCUCCAACCGUACCAUAAGUUGGCAAGCACACAAGAGAGUAGUUCUCCAGCUACACAAAGCAUACCCAUGGUCCGUAACGCAGGCGCCAUGCUCCUGGCGCCAGACCUGCCCAAUUUGGACCCCACAUCUUUAGGAGGCCUGCCGUCACGGUUUUGGCUUGGUUCCCAGACACCACCCAAGUCGCUCUCGGGUUCAUAUAACAAGCGCAGUUGCACCCUCCAAUUGACUCAGCUACACAACACUCAACAACUACACAAUACUUCAGGGUCUAUACGUCCUGGAACUAGUACUGGCUCUGGUCACACUGCCAGAGCAUUCCGUGGUGACGACCUGCCCAUACUAAACCCAGUGCAAACACCACUUGAAGAUAUGCCCAUGACACCGUUAUACCUAAACCUGGAGGCCGACCUGUACUUUGUCUACACGAAAGGGGGCAACCACAGUAACCAGAAAAGGGAACUCUUCCAGUACGACGAGGAAGAGUCCGAAGAGGAACAGGAAAGGGGUCCAGAAAAUAGCUAA